UACUGGAAGCAUAAGCAAAGACUAAAAGACACACUAAAAAGUCAAGAAGGAAUUCUCUCCCAAAUCCAAUAAACACAUCUCAAUAAUUCUUCUUUCCCUCAAACCCUAGCGUCGCCGCCCUCCGGCCGCCGCGUCGCAUGACUUUUCUAUUGAAUCGACUAUAUCUUCUUUUGGACCAACAUCACGUCACCUCCGCCACCGUUGGAUUUCGAUUUUGGAUCUGAAACUUAUCAUCAAAAUUUGGUUAAGGCAAAAACCCAAACUCUGUAUCUGACGGCGUAACCUCGUCUUCUAUUGUUCAAUGGCUUCAUUGCUUCAGAAACUUCUGAAAAAACCACCACCCUCAAGAUUCAUCACCGCUUUUCACCCUUCACAGACUCAACACCCAAUCAUUCCCCUUAAUCGAGAACCCAACACAUCCACCGAACCCUUCCCAACAAGCCCAAUAUUAUCGCAUCAAUUCAUUGGGUCCUCAAGUUCAACUCUAAUUUUCCCUAGUUUCCCUUUUGGGUUUGCUUCAAAACCCGUUUUUGAAAAUGGGUUUCUCGCCAAUGAGUCAGAGGAAGAUUCCGGAACCCUUUGGGCUGAUAGCACGAAGAAGAAGCGGAAGAGGAAGAUGAACAAACAUAAGUAUCAGAAGCUUAGGAAGCGUAUGAGGAGACAAACUUAGGUGAGGGUUCAUUUGUUCAUGAGACUAAUCAAUGUUGGUUUAGUUUUUUAUGUGAUAAAAUGAAACUGUGAUGUUAAUCUUAUUUCAGUUAUAGUUUGUAGUGGAUGAUAUAAAGCAAUUGGGGAAAGUGGAAUGAUGUUUUGAAUUUUUUGGAAGGUUACUUGAAUUGAGACAUGAAAUUUAUUUGGAUUCCAAUUGUUGCUUUUUUAUUUUAUUUUUGGUUGUGGUAAUGGAAUAAUGGAUGGAUCUAAUGUGGGAUUCAUUGAUGACUUUUGUGGUCAUGAAUCAUGAUAGGUUAAUAAUCAGAAUGCUGUUCUUUCAGUUUAUUUGUGGAUUCUCAGUUUUGAUGAUGAAUGAGAAAUUGGGGAAACAGUGUUAUCUUUGA